GCCCAGCGCAGCUGUACUUACGUUCAUGUUGUGUUUACGUUUUUUAAGUGGGUCGUGUUGCAAGUUGUGUGCACGUCCUAGUUUUUUUCAAGUUGAAGUAGACAUUUUGUUAUUAAUUAACAAAUUCCAAUACAACUAUGAGUUUGUCUACAUCAUAUAGGUUUGAGGCUAACACAGCCACAAACAGAAAGAGCUUGCAACGAGCGCUACAGCCUCAGAAAGAAAGAAUAAAGUAUGAUGAACUGAUGGCAGCUCGUGAGUCAGUUGUUAAAAAUGAGUUGGAACUUAACCAGAAGGCUCUCUGGUCCGAGAACCUUGAAGAGGCCAGUGAAUGCCGCAAAGCCAAGGACUUAUCCGCCCAACUCAAAACUGAAACCAAAUUUGCCAACAAAGCCCUGGUAGAGGUUAGAAGGGCAGCACUGAGGCAGAGGCUAGAGCGAGAGUACGAAGGUUAUGAGCAGGAGCUUCACGCGCAGGGCAAAGCGUUCUACUUCAAGCGGGAGUGACUGUUCCACCGAGUCCACAAACUGUAGCAUGUUAGACCUGACAAAUAACAUUCCAAGUACAUGUAUUCACAGCCAAAAAUCAAACAAAAAUUGAGAAACAUUUUCCUACAUAGUUGGAAAGGGAGGAGUGAAACAUGAAUAAUAUA